AAGCGGUGGAGAGCGGGUGUGUAUUCCUCCACCGUUUGAAAAUAAUGAAAAAAAAACACAGAGAAAUCUUUACAAGACCGUUAAGAAAACAGAUGAAAAAUAUUUUAAUAUCAACUUAAGAAAAAAAAACUAUCAUUUGUAAAUUUGUUUUGCUUAACAAAAUCACCAUGAAGACUCGAAUGUUGCCAAGUUUAAUGAUGAUUUGUUGUGUAUUAGUAACUGUGUUAUCGAGGAAACACAAAAGUCGAUUUUCCAUUCAUCUGAUAGGCGGUAGAACGCCGAACGAAGGAUAUCUUGGUGUACAUGAGUAUGGUUCAUGGCAUUACGUUUGCAAUUCGUUUUGGGAUCGAAGGAAUUCUAAAGUCGUCUGCCGUCAACUUGGCUACGCGAAAGCUAUAUACGAGGCGUCUAAAAGGACUUUGGAAAGUGAAGUAGAGGGUCGAAGUUUUCUUAGCGACGAAAUCAUUUGCGAGGGAAGUGAGAGUUUAUUAAGCGAUUGUAGACGCAAGCCGCUUCGAAGAUAUCAUUUAUCAAAUCAGUGUAGUUUGAGCAAGUCUAAAGUUUAUAUUACGUGCUCGAGAAGAAAAGAUAAUGACGUCAUUAAGCCUAGGCGUGAAGUUAAGAAGCAUCCUAUUCGCUUACAACCAACUGAUGGCAGCCAAUCAAAUUCAAGAUUUGUCUCAUCAGGCUUACUACAAGUUUUUGUACAAAACAAAUGGUUUGAUGUGUGUGCUGAUAACUGGAGUCAUGAAAACUCGCAAAUUGCUUGUUCGCAGCUAGGAUAUCCUGUUUACAAGGAAUAUUCCAGCGCCUCCAACAACAUCAGCGUGUUUUACUUCAAUCGCGUUAUUCACUGCAACGGAAAAGAAUCACUACUUUGGGAAUGUCAAAUGAAAAACAUAUUUUCGGAACCGUGCAAAAGCAGAAAGCCUCUAUUGUUGACAUGUUCAAAUCUUGAUGAGAAUGUUGUUAUUACUGAAAAGAACGGUGAAAUUCGUCUCAGAGGAGGAUACGACGAUGCAUCUGGAAGAGUAGAAUUAUUUAACGGAGUUGAGUGGGGAACGGUAUGCGACGACGGCUGGGACAUUCGCGAUGCAAAUGUUGUGUGUCGACAGUUGGGCUUUGGUUCUGCGUAUGAAGCCACCCACUGGGCUGAUUAUGGAGAGGGUUUGGGAAAGAUACUUCUAACAGAUGUAAAUUGUCAUGGUAACGAGUCUAGCAUUAAAAAUUGCAGAAAAAAGAUCCACAACAAUUCGUGCACCCAUUCAGAAGAUGCAGGUGUGAAAUGCCAUGCACCAAAGUCAAAACAGAAGGUUAUACGAUUAGUUGGUGGUACACGUCACGCUGGUCGUAUUGAAGUUUUAAUCAAAGGUGAAUGGACUGGCAUCUGUGGAAUAGGUUUCACACAAAGAGAGGGACAAAUAGCAUGCAAAGAGUUAGAUUUAGGCUUUGUUAAAUGGGCUUCAAGGUCUUACAAAUACGGAGUAAAUUAUCGCAAGAGAAUGUAUGAUGUGCGAUGUCAUGGCAACGAAUCAUCCCUGUUUGAAUGCAGCUAUGGAAGCAGUGGUCGUUGCCGUUAUUAUGAUAUGGCCAGUGUUGUUUGUUCAAAGUGUGAGUUCCACUGGUGUCACAAACUUGUGUUCUGUGCAACCCUGUUUUGCCACUUUAACCCAAUCUCCUUUCUCAUGUUGUCUUUCUUUAAACACAUUUAUAGAAGUCCAGAAAAAAUUUUGAGCCCCAUUUUUACUUACGAUUUCGGUUUAGACGCCCCUGAUCUUGUUAUGGACAUCUCAAAGUUUAAAGAGAGCAUCAAGGUUGAAAGCCAUACGUUAUGGGAACUUAAAUGUUCGUACGAGGAGCGGUGUUUAGCUCCUAUUGUUGACAAAUAUUUCGAUGUCGACAAUUCCAAGAAAAGACACCUUUUAAAAUUCACAUCGCGUAUUUUGAACAAAGGUGCGGUGAGCUUUCGACCAUUUUCUGAUAAGAGCGACUGGCAAUGGCACCAAUGCCACGACCAUUAUCAUUCCAUGGAAACGUUUGCGCAGUAUGAUAUUAUUGAUUGGCGAGGCUAUCGUGUUGCUGACGGACACAAAGCCAGCUUUUGCCUCGAAGAUUCAGAAUGUGAACCAGGAUUUAAGAAGGUGUACAACUGUACAGAUAAAGGUGAUCAAGGCAUCUCCCAAAACUGUGCUGAUAACUAUAAAAAUACAAUCGACUGUCAGUGGAUUGACAUCACAGAACUUCAAGAAGGAAACUAUUCAAUACGCGUGCAUGUUAACCCUACACAAUACGUGGCAGAAAGUGAUUGGUUAAACAAUCGUGCAGUAUGUGAAAUAGAAUACUAUGACACAGAUGUAAAGGUCAAAGGUUGCACAACAGAUCCGUGUUAUCAAGAAUCGUUUGGUGGAAAUUCGUUCGGUCAUUGCUGUCAUUUUCCCUUCGUGCAUAACAACACGACAUAUUAUACUUGCAUCACGGAUAGUGACGAAAACCCUUGGUGUUCCACCACGGUUAACUUUGAUCAGGACAAAAAGUGGGGUUAUUGCAGUGAAACAAUAGAAAAAACGCAACUCAAAAAGAGCUAGAUAUUGUAUAUUUGUUUUUAUGAACACAAAACGUGAAUAAAUUUCUUAAGUAAUA